CCAAUAAGAAAAUCAAGGAAGAAAAUCUGGAAGAUUUUAUAUGAUAUGAAAUCUGCCGGAUCUUGCUUUUCUCCAAACUGUCUGAUUUUCCAUGGGAUUUGCAUCUUUUUUUCUCCAUGGCCGACCCUUUUAAAGCUCAUCUCCCUUCACUUUCUCUCCAAACCCAAUAUUCCAAUCUUCUUCUUAUUCUCUGCUUCGUUGAAAUCACAUAUCUUCACCAACAAUGGCCAUGGCUGCGGAUGCUAAAUUCCAUGUUCUCGCCGUUGAUGAUACCCUCAUCGAUAGAAAACUCAUCGAGAAGCUUCUCAAGACUUCUUCUUAUCAAGUUACCGCAGUGGAUUCUGGAACCAGGGCAUUGGAGUUUCUUGGAUUGAAUAACAAGAACAGAAAUUCAAACGCCGAUGCAUCUGUUCACGUGGAAGUCAGUUUGAUCAUCACGGAUUAUUGUAUGCCGGGAAUGACUGGCUACGAUCUGUUGAGAAAAAUCAAGUGCUCUUCUUCUUUGAAAGACAUACCAGUUGUGAUCAUGUCCUCUGACAAUAUCCCAUCGAGAAUCAACAGGUGCCUGGAAGAUGGAGCCGAGGAGUUCUUUUUGAAGCCGGUUCAAUUAUCAGAUGUGAACAAGCUCAGGCCUCAUCUGAUGAAAUCAAGAUGUAAGCCGAAUAUUAACAAGAGGAAGGCUGUGGAAGAAAUCGCGUCCCCUGAUGGAACAAGAAGUAGAAGAUACAAUGAAUUGGAAGUGUGAUUCAAUCAAUCGCCUAAUUAAAUCAAUAUUCUUAUUUCUUCUGAUUAGGGAU